GCACCCCACCCCACCCUACCCCGUCGGUCUCCAGCACCCUGCUGCUAUUCCAUAAUAUUACACUACACGUCUCAAAGCUCAUCAUUACAGCUUCCAACAACCUAUGGGAUUGAUAGUGAUUUCAUAUGCCUACCUUGCCUCUCACUUGACCAAUAGGAUUUCGGAUUGCAGCACGUGCACUGCCAGGGAUCCUCACUCGUUUUCAGUAGUAGUGGUGCCUUCGCCUCACUGGGUGUGAAAGACGUUGCCCCAUGGAAUGCACUGGAUUGAGUAUGGAUUUUGGACUGUUAUGUGACAAUUGAGCAGAGAGGAAGAGGAAGAGAAACAAGGGAGAAGUGUGGGGACAGGAGGAGGGUAAGACGGGAAGAAACGGCCAGGGAGAUGGGAAACAUAAACAAAGCUUCUAAAAAGAACAGUAAAAGGAAGAAGGGGGAGUCGCCCAUUGGACAAAGCAGCGCCCCAUUGGCUGCCGCCAUGCUGGGGGGCCUGGGAGGUGCAGGUGAGGUAGACACGGAUGACGAGGAUGAAGGAGGGAGCGAGCGGGACUUUGAUGAGCCCCUGUGCGCUCUGGUUAAGAACUGCAACAUGCUGCACCACUUAGUGGGGCCUGCUUGUAUCUUUCUCAGACAGAGCUUCGCACAGAGCCAGCUUGACAGAGAUCUACGACCAGAGGAAAUGGAAGAGCUGCGUGAGGCAUUCAGGGAGUUUGACAAAGACAAGGAUGGCUUCAUCAGCUGUAAGGACCUGGGCGAGUGCAUGAGGACUAUGGGAUACAUGCCGACAGAGAUGGAACUGAUAGAACUCAGCCAGCAGAUCUGUGGCGGCAAAGUGGACUUUGAGGACUUUGUGGAACUGAUGGGUCCCAAAAUGCUCGCUGAGACUGCAGACAUGAUUGGAGUCAAGGAGCUGAGGGACGCCUUCAAAGAGUUUGACUCUGAUGGCGAUGGCCAGAUCAGCCUUGGGGAGCUGAGGGAAGCCAUGAAGAAGCUAAUGGGGGAGCAGCUAAACCACCGCGAGAUAGACGAGAUCCUGCGAGACAUUGACCUCAACGGGGACGGACAGGUGGACUUUGAAGAGUUUGUGCGAAUGAUGUCUCGCUGACUCUAUUAACAAACAGAACAUGGACCAGGCUGCACACUGUUAAUGUUCUUGUAAUUCUUCUAAUCUUGAUGUACACAGACUUAUUGGUGUCUGUAGUUUUUCAGUUUUCAGUUACUUCCAUCAUCUCUCAAGUAUAAGAGAAUCCCUUCAAUGUGUUACUGUUGUAUGAAAUGUAAUAUGUAUUUAACAUGUAAUGAGAGAUUAUAGACUCAUGACUCAGCAGGGAGAUGGUUUAAACAAAGCUUCUCUUUGGAAAUAAUUUAAAUUAGAAUAUAUUCGAACUGAGAAAUA